AUGUCGAAUAAGUUAUUAUUUGGUAAAGCUCUUACCUCAUACGACGAUGAAGAUAUUGAUGAAUUGUUGUCUAAGCUAACACCAGAGGAGCUGGAGCAGCUUAAUGAUGACUUUGAUCCCGACAAUUCACUGCUUCCUCCUUCACAGAGGUGUCGUGACCAAACUACCAAAACCCCAACUGGACCUUAUGAUCGUGAAAAAUUACUAAGAUAUCUCAUUGAAAAAGCCAAAGCCGAAAGAGAUUGGGAAGAAGCUGUGCCUUUUGAAAAAAAGAAAAGGGGAAAAGCCUAUACACCAAAACAAACUAUUUCACCGAGCACGCAAAACGAAUUAAUUGAAAUGGGUUUCGAUGUAGAGUUUGAUGAUGAUGUAAAUAAGGCUCUUGAAAAUGCUACUGAAGAUGAACUUGUUGAUUUGGCUGCUGUCCUGGGUUUUACUGGGAUGUUGAAUCAAGUACAGUUCCACGCUAGUUUAGAAGGACGUAAAUUGGAAAUGGGUGGAUUCUCUGGUGUGGCUAAAGCUGAACGUCCUAAAGUCGUGCCAGAUGAGCCACCUAAUAUGACAGAUGUAGAGGAUAGUAUAAAGAAAUUGGAAAAUAACAGCGAAGAACUAACUAAAUUAAAUUUAAACAAUAUCAAAACAAUAAGUGCUGAAGCAGUACAGCGCUUAUGUGCCGCUCUUACAAAGAAUAACCAGUUAACUGAACUGCAUAUGGCAGCAACACGUUUAACAAACGCAAUGGUUGAACCGUUCUUUGAUAUGUUGCAAAAAAAUACUGUAUUAAAAGUAUUAAAUUUGGAGUCGAACUUUUUGACUGGUGUUAUCCUCGUUCGUUUAUUGGAGUCAAUUAGCCAUGAAAAAAGUGGAAUAACCGAUUUGCAUUUAGCUAAUCAACGUCAAUCUGUGCUCGGUGUAAAAAUUGAACAAAAUUUGACCGAAUUAAUACUAGCCAAUCCACGUUUAGUUCGUCUGGGCUUAGAUUUAGAGACUAGUGAUGCACGUGUACGUACCAGGGAGCAUGUCAAAUUUAAUUUAGAUCGUGUUUCUCGGCAACUACGGCGUAAUAAAAAUUAA